GAUUUUGUGUACAAGUGCUUGUGGAAAAGAUGGCUGAUAUUAACCUCAAGGAAGUAACUUUAAUAGUAGGUGUGGUUACUGCCUGCUAUUGGAACAGCCUGUUUUGUGGUUUUGUUUUUGAUGAUGUUUCAGCAAUCCUGGAUAAUAAAGACCUGCAUCCAUCUACACCUUUAAAAGCUCUCUUUCAAAAUGACUUCUGGGGAACCCCUAUGUCUGAGGAGAGAAGCCACAAAUCUUACCGUCCAUUAACAGUGUUGACAUUUCGCCUAAAUUAUCUGCUUAGUGAACUGAAACCAAUGUCAUAUCAUCUCCUAAAUAUGAUUUUUCAUGCUGUGGUCACUGUGAUAUUUCUUAAAGUCUGCAAACUUUUUCUGGACAACAGGAGUAGUGUGAUUGCUUCUUUACUCUUUGCAGUGCACCCAAUACACACAGAAGCAGUAACAGGUGUUGUGGGAAGAGCAGAACUUUUGUCAUCUAUAUUUUUUCUAGCUGCAUUUUUGUCAUAUACCAAAUCAAAAGGACCAGAUAAUUCUAUAGUGUGGACUCCAAUUGCAUUGACAGUGUUUUUAGUGGCUAUUGCAACAUUGUGUAAAGAACAAGGAAUAACAGUGGUGGGAAUUUGCUGUGUGUAUGAAGUAUUUAUUGCCCAGGGGUAUACGUUGCCAUUAUUAUAUACUGCUGCUGGACAGUUUCUCCGUGGAAAGGGUGGUAUUCCAUUUUCUAUGCUGCAGACACUAAUAAAACUCAUUGUUUUGAUGUUCAGUACACUAUUACUUGUUGUGAUUAGAGUCCAGGUUAUUCAGUCCCAACUUCCAGUAUUCACCAGAUUUGAUAACCCAGCUGCUGUAAGCCCAACUCCUACAAGACAGCUUACUUUUAACUACCUCCUUCCUGUGAAUGCUUGGCUCCUGUUAAAUCCUUCAGAGCUCUGCUGUGAUUGGACCAUGGGAACAAUACCACUUAUAGAGUCCUUUCUAGAUAAACGAAAUCUUGCCACAUUUACUUUCUUUUGCCUUUUGGGGGCUUUGGGAGUAUUCAGCCUCAGAUACCCUGGUGAUUCCUCCAAGACUGUUUUAAUGGCACUUUGCUUAAUGGCGUUACCAUUUAUUCCUGCAUCAAACCUUUUUUUUCCAGUUGGAUUUGUUGUUGCUGAGCGAGUAUUAUAUGUUCCUAGCAUGGGAUUCUGUAUUUUGGUAGCCCAUGGAUGGCAGAAAAUAUCAAAUAAAAGUGUAUUAAAAAAGUUAUCCUGGGUUUGUCUGUCUAUGGUGAUAUUCACUCAUGCCUUAAAAACACUCCACAGAAAUUGGGAUUGGGAGUCCGAAUAUACGUUGUUUAUGUCAGCUUUGAAGGUAAAUAAAAACAAUGCCAAAUUAUGGAAUAAUGUGGGUCAUGCUCUGGAAAAUGAAAAGAACUUUGAGAGAGCUUUGAAAUACUUCUUACAGGCUACCCAUGUUCAGCCAGAUGAUAUUGGUGCCCACAUGAAUGUAGGAAGAACUUACAAAAAUUUAAAUAGAACCAAAGAAGCUGAAGAAUCUUACAUGAUGGCUAAGUCGCUUAUGCCUCAAGUUAUUCCUGGUAAAAAAUACGCAGCCAGAAUUGCUCCCAACCACCUAAAUGUUUAUAUCAAUCUGGCCAACCUGAUCCGAGCAAAUGAGUCCCGACUGGAAGAAGCAGACCAUCUGUAUCGACAGGCAAUAAGCAUGAGGCCCGACUUCAAGCAGGCUUAUAUUAGCAGAGGAGAAUUGCUUUUAAAAAUGAAUAAGCCUCUCAAAGCAAAAGAAGCAUAUCUUAAAGCACUGGAGUUGGACAGAAAUAAUGCAGAUCUUUGGUACAAUUUGGCGAUUGUUCACAUUGAACUUAAAGAACCAAAUGAAGCCCUAAUAAACUUUAAUCGUGCUUUAGAACUAAAUCCAAAGCAUAAGCUAGCAUUAUUCAAUUCUGCUAUAUUAAUGCAAGAAUCAGGUGAGGUUAAAGUCAGACCUGAAGCUAGAAAACGACUUCUAAGCUAUGUAAAUGAAGAGCCACAAGACGCUAAUGGUUAUUUCAACCUGGGAAUGCUGGCCAUGGAUGACAAAAAGGACAGCGAAGCAGAGAUGUGGAUGAAGAAGGCCAUAAAAUUACAAGCUGACUUCAGAAGUGCUUUGUUUAAUCUGGCUCUGCUGUAUUCCCAGACUGCAAAGGAAUUAAUGGCUUUGCCAGUUUUGGAAGAGUUACUCAGAUACUAUCCUGAUCAUAUUAAGGGUCUCAUUUUAAAGGGAGACAUUCUGAUGAAUCAAAAGAAAGAUAUACUUGGAGCAAAAAAAUGUUUUGAAAAGAUUUUGGAGAUGGACCCAAGCAACGUGCAAGGGAAACACAAUCUUUGUGUUGUUUAUUUUGAAGAGAAGGAUUUAUUCAAAGCUGAAAGAUGCCUGGUUGAAACAUUGAGAUUAGCACCACAUGAAGAGUAUAUUCAGCGCCAUUUGAAUAUAGUCAGGGAUAAAAUUUCUUCAUCUAGUUUAAUAGAACAUCCAAUAUUCCCAGCUGCUAAGACUUCAGGUGGAAAAGGAGAAAAAAAUCCAAGUGAAAAUGUAAAAGAGGGCAGAAGCGAACCCAGACCCACACAGAUAAUAAAAACAAGUGAUAAUAAAAGUCAGUCUAAAUCCAACAAACAGUUAGGAAAAAAUACAGACAAAGAGAUCCCCCACAAAACAACGAAAGAAAUCAAAGAAAUUGAGAAGAAAAGAGUUGCUGCUUUAAAAAGACUAGAAGAGAUUGAGCGUAUUUUAAAUGGUGAAUAGCGAGCGUUACUCUUUAUCUUGCUACCGUGGUUUCAAAGAACUUCAGCCUGUAUCAUGUGACUUCUUAUACUGGGAGCUUUGAAAAAUAGCAAGGAUUCAUAAGUCUGUCAUGAGCUGCCUCUACAUAGGAUCAAAAUAAGAUUUUUAUUACAGCUCUAUCUUACCCCAGGGUAUGUAUUAUAUAAGAUACGGCUGUAGUUUUCUAAGUUUUGGUGAAUGCAGCAGAAAUAUUAAAUUAUAGAUGGGAAAUUUAUAUGUUUUAUUAUAGAAGGAAGAGUCUUCUGGCAGAAUAAUCUUGACUACUCUCAAAAAUAGUCCGAGGCCUGAAUGAUAAUCCCUUGGGGGUAAAUCCUACAUUUGCUGUUUUAUUCUGUGAAUUCCCAUUUAUUAGUUGACUUCAUUUUUCCUUUACCUGUUGGAAUCUGGCUGUGGAUUGAAAACAUGUAUUGAACACAUUCUUUUUUCUUCAGUGACCUUCUGUUUAAUCGAUGGACUUUGUGCUACAAAAGAAUACUGGCUUCAUGUUGUAUUCUUUUGCUGAGUUUUAGAAGGAAUGCCAGAUGAACAUUUUAAAAUAAGUCAUGUGACAUAUGAAUUUAAAAAUGUAUUUUCACAGGUGUGGGCUUGUCCUUCACUCUCAAAUGCAGUUUUUAAUGAGGUAAAGUUUUAAAUGUAUAUACAUACAACACAUUUCUAAUGGUGCUCAUAUAUACUGUAUUUUCAUUUUUUUACAUACUGAGAAUUCCAUAGCAUGAAUCACAUAAUCAUGAAUUGUCUUGACUUACACUCCCCAAACUAUUCAUGUUUCUUAGGGUCAUAGUCAUAUUGAGAAGUCUCAAUAGCAGUAAAUAUUUAAAUUUUUGAGUUAAAACAGUAAGUUUAUCUUUCAUCUUAGUGUUCUUUUUCUAGUGUUAUUUGAAUUUUAAUUUUGUUUCCAAAAACACACCUUAAUCAUUCUUUAGAUACAUUAAGCAACUAAAUUGAGCUCUGUUUAACUGAAGGCAAACAAAGUGACAAAGUUUAUUUUUAAACACUAAGUUCUUGAUAUUUUGUUAUGGUGUAUAUUUUUAUUAAAUAUUUAUUUUGACUACUGAGCUUUCAUAAAAAUUUUAAAGCUGUUUUAAUUUUAUCAAGUAUGGAAAACAAAUUGCUGUUGCAUUUUCCUAUAUGUGUAUAUAUUACAGUUUAAGCAAAAUUCCAUCAUUCUUGGGCUGCUGUCCAACUACAAAGAUAAUUAGCAUAAUAUAGGAUUAAUAAAUUGGUCUGUUGGUUUUAGUAUAUAUAAACCUGAAAACUGUUAGGCUGAAGAAUAGAUACUAAUCAAAUUUAUUAAUUUAAAUUAACUUUUUUUCUUGACUUAAAAUGCAUUUCAAAUGCAUUUCAUGAUGAUAAAGUUUGUUUUGAUUUAAAAUGUUAAAGCUAUCCUGGGAUAGUAACAAAUAUCUAAUUAUGCAGUAUUUCAGUGUUUUUUUUUUAGGUAACUAAUUUCUAAUUAUGUAUUACAUAUUCCUGUAACAUUUUUAAAGAAAUAUUUUAUAAAUAGGUCACAGGAAACAUGGGCUCCAUUAAGGCCCACUCUGGCUAGGUUCCCUGAGGCACUCGCAUAGAUUUUGUUUGUUUGUUUGUUUUUUAUUUUUAUUUUUUAGGCAAUUUAAAGUAAGCACUGACACUAGUGGUAGUUAAUUCUUGAUGUAGGAGACUCUGUUAAUCAUUAAAGCAAUACCUAAUUUCACUUAUAAAAUUAUGGCUUUGUGACUCCAGAUAUAAGGUGGAAAAUACCUCACAUACUAUGACUUGAAAAAUGAAAUCUAUGGCAUUCUUGUUCUUUUCGCAUAUCUUGAGAAAAAAUUUCUGAGUGUGAUCUCUUCUGUUAUAGUAGCAAGUGAAUAUAGUUAAGAAAAGUAGAAGGAAAUCUUCCUUCAUGACAGCAGACCAUGAAAAAAGCUUUGAGUAAUAUUUUAAUAAAGUUAUAUAACUGUUCAAAAGAUGAAAGAUAUAUUAAUGUUAUCCAAUGAUUUUUAUAGAAAAAAGAAUUUCCUCCUAAUUUAUACUGAGGACAGUGCCUACCAUGUAGGAAGUGCUCAUAUAUUUGAAUUUUAAAUUAUUUAUUUAAAUCUGUCCUGAGUCAUUAAUAAUUUUUCCAAAUCAAUGUUUGUCAACCCUCACUUUAUAUUAGAAUCAUCUGGAGGGUUCUUAAUAUGGACCCCACCCCACAACAGUUAAAUAUGAAUUUUUUUUAGGGGGGAGCCAUUUUUAAGUUUUUCUAAAAGUUCUGAGUGAUCCUAAUGUGUGGUCAGGGUUAUAACAAUCACUGAUCUAAAUUAAUUCAAGAAAACCUUCGUGUCUCUUCUGAAUUAACUUUUUAAAUGAGUAAUAUAACCGAAUUAAGUUUUGAUGUUUCAAGUUCCAUUAAGGAAUAUGCUCUUCUGAUAACUAGUACAGUAAGUCCUCACGUAUAACAUUGUCAAUAGGUUCUUGGAAACUGUGACUUUAAGUGAAACGACGUAUAAUGAAACCAAUAAGCUAGGUGAUAUAAAAAGAAUUAGUUCUUAGAGCAUAUUUCUGGUUACUAAAACAUCACCAAACUGCUAAAGACCUAAAACACUUUCAUUAGUAAACAUUGAAAUAAAUGUGAACUAUGCUUACAUUUAAGAAAAAUUAAUAAAAACAAGUAAGAUGAUUUUCCAGCAUAUCAUUUUUAGUUCAGGGUGGAGGGGGCUUGAAGCCGCUCCUGGCAGCUUAGGGCACAGACAGGCACCCACCCUGGACAGGAUCUCCUUCCAUGGCAGGCACACUCACACCCACGCUCAGACGGGGACAGUUUAGACACACCAGUUAUCCUCAUGCGCAUCCUUGGGAUGUGGGAGAAAACCGAGCACCUGGGGAAAACCCAAGCAUACAUGGAGAGAAUGGACAAACCACACACAGCAGCCCCAGCUGGGAGUCGAUUUUUUUUUCUCAUCAAUGUUAUGUUAGAAAAGACAUUGAACGAAAUGUUUCUUGAGGACCUGCUGUAUUCCAUCCUAAGUUUCAUCAGGCUUACUUAUGUGUAAGAUGAUUAUUUCUCUUUAAACUCAUAAUAGAAAUUUUAUUCAAGCUGUUCACGUGAAAAAGGUAAUAGCUUUUUUUUGGGGGGGGGCAACUGCCUUUUUGGGAAAAUGGAGGGUAGGGACAUUUUAGUUCAAUACACUCACUUGUGGUGCAGAGUUGCGAGCAUCUGUAAGUUUGGAAAAGAAAGUUUCUAGGUUUGUGGGCUAGUGACAAUGUAGUUUUAGUUCUCACUGUUUGACAAAAGAAAGAGUACUCCUUUAAAGUUCUAGGAAAGCUUUGACAAUCCCAACAGGCAGUUAUGUUACUUCUUCAUGGCUUCUCAGAAGGAAAAAUUAAGUUUUUCUUAUAUUGCUUUGUAUGUGUUUCUUUAUGAACAUUCAGAAAUGGGAACUUUAGCUUAUAAUUAAUUUUAUGAGGUUGAUGACUUGGAGGAUAAAAUGUGUUUGCAAUUUUUGUUUACUUUUAUGUAAAUAUUUGGUAUGUGAAUUACACAAUUUUAUUAAAACCUCAUGGCUUUCAUUACAUCUAAUUCGAGCUCAACUUCAUGUUACAGAAUGCUUCUUUAAAGAUGCUUCACUGAAAAAUCUGAAAAUAUAGAUUUUUAUGUCAAUUUAUACUUCAGAAGUCCAUAUAUUUGUCAUUUAUUUUUUUAAAAAUCUAACUAUCUGCAUGACUAAUUAGUAUUUAAAAUGAAUCCACCAAAAUAUCUGGUCCCUUUGUCCAAAAUUUUAUCGGCUAGAAGCUGUCAGCCAUCUAUGUUAAAGGUUCAUAAGAAAGUCAUUUCAAAUUAUAUGCAUUUUAUAUUACUGUGGUGUCUGUGUGUACCAUAUUUCUAAAUAUUCACUAUUAAAUUGAUACUUUUUAAAGCCUUAA